UACCCCUUUCCCUGGAUCUUAACUGCUAUGCAGAUGGCAGUUACUUCCAUCGGCGCGACGAUGAUGAUGCUGUCAUCAUCAGGCGAAAGGCUUACCGAGCAUAGGAAGAGCUCAAAUUUCAAAGCUUUGGCGUUCGCGUGUAUUUUGACUUCCAAUAUCGUUUUAUCUCAUACAUCUUUGACAAGAUUGUCAUAUCUUUCUCAUCAAAUUGCCCAGUCGUCAACACCAGUCUUCACCGUCGCUUUUAAUCGUCUUCUAGAGGCUGGAAGCUGCUCAGUUCAAAUGCUGCUUCCAGUUGGUCUGCUGGUAGGUGCGAUCGCAAUCAUCUGCAGCGGUGACAAUCAGUUUUCCAUCUCAAGCUUCACUAUCACUCUCGGCGGGGUCUUAUGGACAUCUAUGAAGACCGUGAUGACCCAUCAUUUGGUACGAGACAAGAAAGAUGUGCCGAUCACAUAUUUUCGCCAUCUCCUCCGAAAAGUCUCCCUGAUUGGGGCUCUCCAAGCCCUGGUAUUUGCUUACGUGUUUGGCGACUUGGCCAAUGUUCGUGAUCUUAUGAUCACCAAUAGUAGCUCAACGAAUGCUGCUCACACAUUCCCUUACCUUUUGCUCUUCCUGAACACGACCCUAGCAUUUGUUGUUAAUAUUUGGUCCAUGAGGGUAAACAGCAAGGUAUCGCCGCUGGCUUUGAACGUAGCUGGCAGUCUGAAGAUUUAUCUACACAUAGUCGUCAGUCUGGCUGUUGACACUAUGAUACUAGACAUGUCAUCUUGCGUGGGUCUGGUCAUGCUUUCGAUUGGUAUGGUCUGCUUUAUGGCAUUUUGUUAG